AUGAACAACCCCAACUCCUUCCCCCCUUACGCAGGCGCAUUUCCCUACACUUGCCCACUUGCCGGUUUAUCCGGUCUUGCACUACCCAUGAUGGGCAUGGGUGGCGCCAUGGGCGGAAUGGGUGCAGGGAUGCAGGGUACUCCAAACCUGAUGGGCAACCAAGGGAUGAUGGGGGGAAAUAUGAUGGGUGGCCCAAGCACGAUGGGCCAAGGAGGGCACUUUGGUGGAGGAAUGGGAGGGCCAACAUAUCCUCAUAGGACUUACCGUAGGCUAAGAGAACCUGGCGCCGCCCACAUGGGUGGAGCGAUGAUGGGUGGCCAAAAUAUGAUGGGCCAGAGAGGACAAUUUGGUGGAGGGAUGGGAGGACCGAUGGGACCAAUGGGAGGAUUUGGCGGCGGUGGGAUGGGUGGCAUGUGA